UUUCAAAGGGUUACUCUGCUCGCAGUCCAGAUCCAUAAAUUGCAAGUGAUUGCAAGGCCUGGGAUUGAGACAUGAAAAUUAUGUAGCAAGUACUGGCAAGCCAAGUCCACUGGGACACAUAUAAAUACUCAAUUAAGGUGCUUCAGUAAAACGUGUGUGAUUUCCACACUAGUCCAAUUUCUUCAAACUCACCUUUUUAAAAUGGCCAGCAGAAAGAUAUGCUUAGCUCUAGGAUUUCUUGCAUUUUUAUGGGCUGCAUUGAGUGCUCAACAGAAAACAGAGGAACAACAAUGCAGGCUGAUGGCCAAGUUUAAUUUGUCUGGAUAUGUAGAUGCCAAAAACCAUUCACUUAUUAUUGCAGGACUGUUUCCUAUUCACUCCAGAAUCAUCCCAGUCGACCAAUCUAUUCUGGAGCCAGUCUCACCUCUGUGUGAAGGGUUUAACUUCCGCGGUUUCCGCUGGAUGAAAACCAUGAUCUACACCCUCAAAGAGAUCAAUGAGAGGAAGGACAUUCUGCCCAAUCAUACUCUGGGCUAUCAGAUAUUUGAUUCCUGCUAUACCAUCACGAAAGCAAUGGAGUCAUCUUUGGUGUUUCUUACAGGGCAGGAAGAAUUCCAACCCAAUUUUAGAAACAGCACUGGAUCAGUACUGGCGGCGCUGGUUGGUUCAGGGGGGUCAUCCUUGUCAGUUGCUGCUUCGAGAAUUCUGGGGUUGUAUUACGUGCCUCAGGUGGGUUAUACUUCUUCCUGCUCAAUUCUUAGUGACAAAUUCCAAUUUCCAUCUUAUCUUCGUGUAGUACCCAGUGACACAGUCCAGUCCGAGGCCAUGGUGUAUCUUAUCAAACACUUUGGUUGGGUCUGGGUGGGUACAAUUGCAGCUGAUGAUGAUUAUGGAAAAUAUGGAGUAAAAUCCUUUAAGGAAAAAAUGGAGGCUGCCAACCUCUGCGUCGCUUUCUCUGAAACCAUUCCCAAAGUCUACUCCAAUGAGAAAAUGCAGAAAGCUGUUAAUGCAAUCAAGGAUUCCACUGCCAAAGUCAUUGUGCUUUAUACUUCUGACAUUGACCUCAGCCCUUUUGUGCUAGAAAUGGUUCAUCAUAACAUAACUGACAGGACAUGGAUAGCCAGCGAAGCCUGGAUUACCUCCGCUCUCAUUGCAAAACCAGAAUACUUUCCAUAUUUUGGUGGAACUAUUGGAUUUGCAACACCGCGAAGUGAUAUACCAGGGUUAAAAGAAUUUCUUUAUGAUGUGCACCCUAGCAAGGAUCCGAAUGAUGUCCUGACCAUUGAAUUCUGGCAAACUGCUUUUAACUGUACCUGGCCCAAUAGCAGCGUGCCUUAUAAUGUGGACCACAGAGUGAAUAUGACUGGUAAAGAAGACAGAUUGUAUGACAUGUCUGAUCAGCUCUGUACUGGAGAGGAGAAGCUGGAAGAUCUGAAAAAUACCUAUCUGGAUGUGUCUGAGCUAAGAAUCACCAAUAAUGUCAGACAAGCUGUGUACGCUAUAGCUCAUGCCCUGCAUCGACUCAGUAUGUGUCAACCCGGACUUGGUCCAUUUGUACCAGAUAAAACCUGUGCAUAUAUACCUACCUUUGAUUUCUGGCAGCUUAUGUACUAUCUGAAGGGAAUUCAGUUUAGAGCAGAGGAUGGAACCUCGGUGGUUCUGGAUGAUAAUGGAGAUUUGAAAUUUGGACACUAUGAUAUUCUAAACUGGCAAUUAGAUGACAAUGGAGAAAUUUCCUUUGUGACAGUUGGGAAAUUUAACUUCAGAACCUCUAAGUUUGAGCUCUUUAUUCCAAAGAAUUCUACAAUAUUUUGGAACACUGAAUCAUCAAAGCUUCCCUAUUCAGUCUGCACGGAUGUGUGUCCUCCAGGGACCCGGAAGGGAAUUCGCCAGGGGGAACCCAUAUGCUGCUUUGAUUGCAUCCCUUGUGCUGAUGGAUACGUGUCAGAGAAACCAGGUCAAAGGGAAUGUGAGCCAUGUGGUGAAGAUGACUGGUCCAAUGCACAGAAGAGCAAGUGUGUGCCAAAGAACGUGGAAUUCCUGGCCUAUGAGGAGGCCCUGGGGUUCACCCUUGUCAUUCUCUCUAUCUUUGGGGCACUUGUCAUCUUGGCAGUCACUGUGGUAUAUGUGAUCUACAGGCACACUCCUCUGGUGAAUGCCAAUGACCGGGAGCUGAGCUUCCUCAUUCAGAUGUCUCUGAUCAUCACAGUGCUGUCUUCCAUGCUGUUCAUAGGCAAGCCACAACACUGGUCCUGCAUGGCCCGCCAGGUCACUCUGGCUCUGGGAUUUUGCCUUUGUCUGUCUUCCAUUCUUGGGAAGACUAUCUCACUCUUUUUUGCCUAUAGGAUCUCCGUAUCCAAAACAAAGCUCAUAUCCAUGCACCCCAUUAUUCGAAAACUCAUUGUGCUGAUCUGUGUUGUAGGACAGGUUGGUGUAUGUGCUGCUUACUUGGUGUUGGAGCCUCCGAGGAUGUUCAAGAACAUUGAAAUUCAAAAUGUAAAGAUCAUCUUUGAAUGCGAUGAAGGUUCUAUAGAGUUUCUGUGCUCCAUAUUUGGGUUUGAUGUCCUCCUGGCUUUGCUGUGUUUUCUUACAACCUUUGUGGCUCGCCAGCUGCCAGAUAACUAUUAUGAAGGGAAAUGCAUCACUUUUGGGAUGCUGGUCUUUUUCAUCGUCUGGAUCUCUUUUGUCCCAGCUUACCUGAGCACCAAAGGCAAAUUCAAAGUGGCUGUGGAAAUCUUUGCCAUUUUGGCAUCCAGCUAUGGCUUGUUGGGCUGUAUAUUUCUUCCCAAGUGCUUCAUCAUCUUGCUGAGACCAAAGAGGAACACUGAUGAAACUGUGGGUGGAAGAGUGCCCACUGUAGACAGGAGCAUCCAGCUGACCUCUGCCUCUGUGAGCAGUGAGCUCAACAACACCACAGUGUCUACUGUUCUGGAUGAGUAGAGCCAUGAGCUCCACGGGACAUGCAAAGCUGAAUGAUGACCUGGCUCAAUCUUCCCUUUUACGUGCUUCUGAAGCUGCUGCUGCUCUGGGGUAGUAUUGGUUUGUGGCUGUGUUAGUGUAAGGUCAACACGUUGAAUGGAAUCUCAUUCUGCGACAUGCCAUUUCACAUAGAUGAGAAUGCCACUUAUGGUGAAAAUUGGAAACCAUUUCAUUAGGAUUUUCAAGUUAGAGGGUAUAUACAAACAUAAUUUAUCAAACCCUGAGGUAAAAAUGGCUCACAAAGUUGUUCUUUUUUUUAAUAUCUGUUCUAGAUACUCACAUUAAAUAAAAACAGAUAGGUAGGACCCAAAGAAGCCUUUUGCUUCCUGUUGAUGCCUCUCUGAAAUGAACAGUUGUACUUUCAGAAAUUACAGCUCGGUCUGGAGACAUGUAUCAGUUCUUACGAGUGCUGGCAGCCCUCUCAGAAGAUCUAGGUUCAUUUCUUAGCACCUACAUGCUUCACAAGUGCUUUUGCACCUAUGCUAGGGGGAGCCAAUUUCCUCUCCUAAUAGCAGGCAUAGAUGUGGUACACAAGGUUACAUACAGGCAGAGCGUUAAUGCAUAGAAAAGAAAUAAAAGGUUAACAGUUCUGACGCUUUCCUGGGAGCAGAAGCUUUAAAGAAUUCUCGGAAAAUAAUUUCUGCUUUGAAGGACUCUGUGUACCGAUGAGAUUGGGGGAAUUGAAGUAUUGAUAAAAUUUGUUUGUUUUUUUUUUUUUGUUUGUUUGUUUUCUUAAGCUAGUAAUGAAAACAGAUAAGAUUUUCUGAGGCAAUGUAUGAUCCUGCUUCAGGGUUUGUCAGGGAGAAUAAGUGGCAAAAUGUCUGAGUUUCAAAACAUUCCUCUGCUUGAGAAAAAAAUACAAAGGAAGGUGAGAUACCGGCCCAGCCUUAAAUAGAUUAGAUAGUAAAGAUCCAUGGCAAAGGAAGAAAAUGUUUACCUAAACCAGGAAUUAGAAUGCAAGACUUUUAAAAAUUACUUUUAAAUGAUAUACAAUGAUAGACAAUGUGUCCUCUGCUCAUACACUUACUGGAAUUUACUUCCCAUAUGUAAAUGUUAUAGACAUCUUUUCAGUCUCUUUGUCAUAAAACUUAGAAAUAAGCUAUAUGUAUGUAUAUGCAUAUAAGCUAAAAGUGCAUCAAACAGAAUUUAUAGUAGAUAGCCUAAACUUCAGGUACACAUUUGACUGUAGAGGUACAACAUGGAUGGAAUGUGCUGUGUUUUCAAGAGAGCUUAAUAUUUGUGAAUUUCAAUUCCUCAAACUUUAAUUUCUUCUGCAGAUGUGUUACAGCAGAAAGUGAAAGCAUGAUGCCUAGCUAAGCAGGGAAAGUCAGGGACUUAUUUACUGAUUAAAAAGAGAGAACAUUCUAGAGCACAUAAAGGAAAUAGGCUUCUCAUAGUUUAAGUGAGAAGCUUAUAUUAAACCUUGGCAAAACUCAAAAGUGAUCACAUUUGUUGGAGGGCCAAUGCACCCCAGUGUUUUCUAGACAGACACUUAUAUCUAUCCAUUGCCCCAUAUUUUCCCAGUGUUCUUCAUCACAGCCCCUAUAAUCAUUAGAUAAGUUACUAUCACAAGUAUGAAGAGAUGGAAAAUUGCUUUCUUUGGUCAUCAUUGCUUUCUUCUGCUUGUGCGUUUUUUGAAUUUUCCUUGAUGGGGAUAUACUCCUGGUAAGAGAAAAUGAUUUCUUUUUAACCAUAGAGGAAUAUAGAAAAUGAAAAUCUAAAAGUCAACUUUUUUUUCAAUUGUGCAUCAAUUUUUGAUGUUCUUAAUAAUCUGUUUCAAUUUUCAAACAAAGCUCGAUGAUUUAUUUGUAAUGAUGUAACUUGCUUUUAUACUCAAAAUAUUUCAACCUCAAUAUCAUUCUUUCUUUUGCUGAGAUGCUGAAUAUUGACCACAUGCUCUCUAAAGAGUUCAUAGCAGAACUUCAUCUGGUUAAUAUUUGAUUCUAUAUUUUCUUCCCACCACAUCUCUCAGUGAUACUGUCUUGUUAAUCUGGUAUUUGUUGCAAUUAAGUCUCUUGUGAGCAGUAAGUUCAGUAAAUCAAAGACAUAAAACACCAAUAUUAAAUUGACUUGCACAUUUAAUGACAAUGUUUGUUUAUGCCACUUUAUACU